GUUGUUAGUUUGGCUCAUCUCUGGUUCGCGCAUGCUAUGGCUUUUGAGGACGAAGAAGGGAAAACACCCCGUACGGACGAGGAAGCUGCGGCAUGUACUUGUCUAUUUUUUGCUCCUUUGUCAAAUAAAAGGACCUAUGUAUAUUUUUAAUUAUUCUACUGUAACUAAGUAAGUAACUACAUCAGGUGGAGGGAGUUGUAUUCUGGAUUAGUGACCAAAAUUGUGAUUUCCUUUUUGCCUUUUUCUAGUUGGGACCUUGUUUGUGUGGCGGUGAUAUGGAGGCACCCUAUCACCUUAUCCCUAUGAUCCCUCUCCUAUUCACUGGAAUUUAUUCUACAAGUGAGAAGAUGGUCUACUUCACGUCUUUUUUGAUCGGCUUACUUACUUCAACUUACAGUGGUCAACGUUUUGUUUUUGAUUGUAUCAAAUUUGAGGAUCGAUAUAUACGACUAUUCUUCAAGGUUUUUCCGAACUCGAGACUCGUGGAGCCUUUUACGUUCUCGAGUACCUGAGUCACGAAGUGCGCGAACUCCAAGAGUCAAUUGCCUCAUUAGAACGAGCAUGCAAAGACGACUUUCCACCACCACCUCCGCUUCCUGCGUCAUCUUCGGUAUAGUACAUUUAGUGAGUGAAGUUGUCUUAUAGAAGCUGAUUUUUGACAGUAAUUGACUAGUUCUCACACCUCUUCUAGCUGAGUGAUGGCUUCACUUUAUCUUUGUCAUCAUUAUUAUAGCUUUUUUUGUUUGUCAGGAUAGACUGACCUUAGAACAAACACCACCUCUAGUAUCGGCACAAUCAUCAUCAUCAUCAUCAAUCCGCGAACAGCAUGGUAUCUGAGAAGACAAGCGCGGUUUGGCCCGCCAUUGGGCUAGUAGAAUUUAAUGGGACCACACAAGGAGAAGUGCAUUAAAAAGGUGAAGAAAUGAGAUAUAGAAGGGGCGUGCAAAUAAUUAAGUCUGACCUCAACCUCGUGCUAGGUAAAUGAAUGAAUGAAUGAAACUUACAGGCUACCCGCAAAGAAGACGGCGAUUUUGUGGACCAGGCAUGUGAUGAUCAUGGUAGUGCGCGGCGUGUGCGAGUUCCCCCUCCCCUUUCUCGCGGGUCCAUCGGCCAUCCUCAUAGAUGCGGGUGGGCUUGCCGUUUUUAUGAUGCUGGUCGAAGAUUAUCUUCUCCACCUUGUAGUACUAGUAGUUUCACUCGAGGAGACCCUAAUACAGCACCUCCUGAUAAGAAGAAUGCAUGGCCACGACCAGGUGUAUUACUUUUAGUUGUUGUAGAGGUAGGAGUGGUGGUAGAGCUAGGAGUGGUGGUAGAGGAAUAACUUCAGCAGCGGUCCCUCAACCUUGAACCUUAGUGCCUGUUCUCACGAUCUUUGGGGGCUUAGAUCUAGUGGAAAGUAUGCACCAUGUGAGUGAAUGAAUGAAUGAAUGAAUGAAUGGAUGCCCCAUAAUUAACUUUUUUGUGAUGGUGGUCUAUCUCUAUCUCCUCUAACCUCUUGCCUUCAAAGCGGGCGGAUGUGUCUAUGAGGCGAACUGCACGCGCUGCCACCUGUGUGCUUGGUCGAAGAAGGGGAAGCUUCUGCGUGCGAAAAAAGUAAGGAAGGAAGACCUCGCUUCGCGAGAGUCGUUGCUACAAUCUUUAAGGGCUCUCCUACUCGUCCAUCUUUGGAAGAAGCUUAAGGAUCAUGCAUCCCGAGACCGUUUUACAGGGGGAAGAGGUCCUCUAAGGAUGCUUUUCAAGAUGGAUCAUUAGGGUGAGCUCUAAUAACUUCUGCUGUAGAUGAUGAAGAACAUCUUCAAGAACACGAUGUCGAGGAGACUGACAAGGAAAAAACGUUAUGGUGUGAGUGUCAACUACACUACUACUCUCAACAAGACUACUCCCAGAAUUGAACUUAUUUUCAUGCUUUUGGAAGCACAAUUCUAGUCCUGCUCGAUACAAGAAGAUCCAAUUUGAUGAUGCCAGAGAACUAUCCUUUCCUGAAGACUAUACAUCUCCUUCUCUUUCUCUAUUGACAAAGACUUACCUCUUGUUACACCGACUUUGAUAAAGAUUGGAUGGCCUCAAAAGUAGACAUUAAUAGCUGUACACAAGAGGCGCCACGACAUGACGCUGUCUUCUAAGACAACAUCGCUCUUGGCUUUUUCUAAAAGAUAGAGACCGUUCUUGUUUGGCUCAGGUGAGGGACCUAGUUCGCGGCGUUGCGCAAGAGUUUCCUAUUCCCGGCGCUGCGCCACAUGGCAGCACCACGGAACUACAAGAGGAUGUUGAUCAAGGUGUGACUGGCGGUCCUCGUGCUGCUGAUGCAGGAGAUGAACAACCUCAAGCCACAAAAACAGUAACAAGCGCAGAGAGAUCAUCCGGAGAGUCAGGCGCCUGCUCAGGUGCAAAGGCAUCGAGACCCUCGGAUGAAGUCGAGGAAAGAAAGACACUCUCAGAAAGGCAACGA